AUGGAGAAUAACGCCAAAUUGACAAACAUGAUUAGCAUAUUAACGAGAGCCCAAGAAAUUAGCCUUGGAGAGUUCAAGUCAAUCUUAUCCUUCAUUUCUCAGCCAAAGGAAAAAUCAAAGCCCUCUGGCUGGUCUAUCAUCUCAAAAGCAUUGCUAUCAAGGCGCGUAUCAUAUGAAGUGGAAACUGAAGUGAAUGACGUAGAGAAGCUUGAUGCUGAAUUGCUUAUCCUGAAGUCAAGCAAAGACAUAAGUAUUUCACAACUUCAAAGCCUUCUCAAAGGAUUGGAGGCUUUGGGGUCAAGCAUUCAAGAAUCUGAGGAGGAGCUAGAAUGCAUUUAUAGGCAAUUGGUGAAAACUAGGGUAUCCCUUCUCAACAUCCUGAAUCAUUAG